CUUCAAUGAUCAUAUCAUGUGUUUUAUUGUAUUCAUUGUUUUAUUUAUUUAAUUUAUUUAAUGGAAAUAUAAACGGAUUCUGAAGAUUUUGUCUUACAUUUGUGACGGGAUUGCUUCCCUUGAAUAGUAGAUACCUAGCCAGCCUUAUGCAGUUGAGCUAGAGAGGUACUUCUUUCCCUCGUUCGGUUAAAGCGCUGACUUGUUACACAGAAGUUCCAGGUCCGAGUCACGUAGGAGACAAUGUAAUUUUUUUAUAAGAAUCAUGCUCUCCGGUUAUACACAUUUAACACCUCGUAGAAUAUCGAGUAGUGUUGCCACAUCGACGGACUGAUGCUGUUUUGAUAGAAGUACAUGAUGGUUUCUAGUCGUUACUUUGUAAUUUUUGCUUUGGCACACUUUCUUAUCUGCAGCUUUCUACUUUUAAACAAAUUUAACAAUAAAACACCAACAAACAGCCCGGUAGAUUACGGCAUUGAGGAAAUACAUCCUGAUGUAUUUGACGACACACAUGAGUCAAGUAAAGAAGUACAGCCAAAUAUGGUUGAAAUGAAUAAAGAGAAAGGAGAAGUUACAAGAAAACCACAAAUGAAAGGAAACCUGACAUUUAAGAAAGUAUAUCCGAAAAUAUCAAAAGUGAUUAAACGAUUGCCGACGACAUCAAUAAGAAACGCUACAAAAACCGGUCCUACAAGAACUCAGAUCAGACCAGAUAAGGAUGUCUUAGAACAAUGGAUUUCUGAAGCAAUAGAAUAUUGUCAUGGCUAUAUUAUUUCAUAUGCACAUUUAUUUUUUGAAUUAUCAAUGAUUGUUAUAAAUCCAGGAUUUAGUCAUGGAAACAAAGGGGGAGAAAAUAUAGAAGUCGUACUAAAGCAGUCGGAAGAAAGAGAGUACCUUAGGUUAGAAAAGGGAUAUUUUCAGAUUCCGUGUUUAAACUGUACAGAGAUUUCAAAUGACACAUAUGGAAAGCAUGAUCCUAAAGCCACAUGGGUUAACGUUAUACAGUGUUCUAAUGACACCAAUGACAUCAGUCUUACUAGGUUUUAUGAUUUUGCCAUUGCUUUAACGAGGUUUGAAUAUGCCAAUUUUUAUCACACCAUGACAGACUGGUUUAACACUUUUUUAAUGACAAAACUUUUCAGAAGGAAACGGAAUUUAACGAUACUAUGGAUAGACGCACACCCAAAGGGUAUGUUAGAUGAAACGUGGAAAACGUUAUUUGGAACUAUUAUACAAACAAGUUCAUUGAGCAAGCCUCUUAUAGCAAAGAAGAUGAUAUGGAGUAUAAAUGGGUAUGACAGUUUUCUCAAUCGACACCAACUGUCUUUUAUUCCUUAUCUAGAAGAGUUCAGAAAGUUUUUCAUGAAGUCUCAUGGAAUAGACGGUUCUUAUAAACUUAACUGUGACUGGGUCAACAUUCUGGUAAUAUUAAGACAUGACUACAUCGCUCAUCCCAGGAAUCCAAAGGGGAAGGUAACAAGAAAACUGAAAAAUGAAAUUGAAAUUUUGACCAAUUUGUCUAGUUUUUUCCCUAGUGUUGGUGUAAAAGGAGUUCAAAUAGACAGAUAUCAAAUGAACAAACAAUUAGAAAUGAUAUCAAAAACGGACAUUCUGAUUGGUGUACAUGGGGCCGGUUUAAGUCAUACUAUGUUUCUCCCAAAACAUGCCGGAAUUAUAGAACUUUAUCCUUUAAAGGUCAGUUUGAGAAAAGAACAUUUCAAAGCAUUUGCUAGGUGGAGAAAACUAACGUAUAUGUGCUGGAAGAAUUUAAAAAUAGAAAAUGAAGAUAACGAUUUUACAUAUGUUCCACCUAGUGAUCUUACGGAUUUGGUUGCUAAAAUGAUAAAGAAACUAAAAUCAAAAUGCUGAAGAAAAAGAAAUCCACAAUGCAAGAAAUCUAUUUGGACAAAAGAGGGAGAUUACAAGAAUCCAGAAGCAACAGCAUCAAAUGGAGAAAAUGCCGAUGAUAGACAGAUACAAUGCCAAGAAGACGCAAAAGACUUGCAUACACACAAUUACUAUGUAAACACAAACACGACUUAAUUCAAUCUGAUUAAAGUAAAACUUGGUCAAUACGAAUCAUACAACUUUCACAGACAUUCAGGUAACGGUUCCUUGUGAAAGGAAAACGUACCACGAAGACAUUUCAUUGAGGUACAUUAUCUCUUGUAAGUCUUGUUUCAUAGUUAAACUUUUAUCUUAAUUUUACCAUAUAAUGCCAAUCAGAUUUAACUGGUCGAAAACUGGUAUUAAACACACAAUAACUCUUUUUCUCUAGUAUUUCCAGGUAUCAAUGGUUAAAUUUACUGUUUGCAAAAGUAUGAAUUAUUCUAAAUACUAAGGAUUUUCUUAUCCCAGGCAUAUAACCUUAGCCGUAUUUGGCACAACUUUUUGGAACUUUUGGUCCUCAAUGCUCUUCAACUUUGUACUUGUUUUGGCUUUCGAACUGAGCGUCACUGAUGGGUCUUAUGUAGACGAAACGCGCGUCUGGCGUAUUAAAUUAUAAGCCUGAUACCUUUUGAUAUUUGAAUUUUCCUCGGAGUUCAGUAUUUUUGUGAUUUUACUUGUUGAUAGCUAUUAUUUGUGUGUGUCUCUGUCCUGUAUGUUCUCCCAUUUAUUUGUAUUGUAGUCCUGUCAAGUAAUCUUGUCAUUUUAAUGUUAUAUUUAACAUUGCCAUAAAAGCGGGAGGUUUAUCUAGCCACAAAACCAGGUUCAACCCACCAUUUUUUCUUAAAGUGUCCUGUACCAAGUCAGGAAAAUGGCCAUUGUUAUAUAAUAGUUUCUGUGUGUGUUGCAUUUUAGUGUUGAGUUUCUGUUGUGUCGUUGUUCUCCUCUUAUAUUUGAUGUGUUUCCCUCAGUUUUAGUUUGUAACCCGGAUUUGUUUUUUUCUCAAUCGAUUUAUGAAUUUCGAAUAGCGGUAUACUACUGUUGCCUUUAUUUAUACAAAAAAAAUUAAAUCAUAGUAAAUGUCU